CACACAACCUGAGGACAGAGGUAGCGCAUUUUCCGCCUUUCAGACCUCUCUCCUACAAACAUUUUCGCUCUUUGUAUGUUGUUCCAGCUCCGCACACAUUGCGGCCAUCUUUCCCCUCUCCAGUCCUUCUCUCUCACAUACGCGCUUAACAAUCUCAGUCUGGCGCUCCUACAGCUUUUCACAGUGUUGCUAGGAGACAACAGUACAUCCUGACCAAUGAGCGCGCCCGAGCUCUGGCGUUACCAUGACUACACCGGCCGGGACAUCCGGCGUUCGCCGUUGCUAGGAGACACAGAGAGACUACUUUUCUCUAGUAGUUUGAGUAAACUCGUGCGGCCGGACCGUGGAGCAGACAAUAUGACUGAUACAGUACAAGACAAAGAUAAAGAUUUUGAAGAUUUAGCAGAAGAUGAUAUCGGAAUUGAUCUUCCGAUGCCACUUCUAUCAGAUGAAAGGCAUAGGGAUCAUUGUGAUUACCUACUGGAUGCAUUGGAUGAACAGCUCGACCAGCUUCAAUCACAACCCAGUUUCAAGAGUUCCGUGAGAAAUACCACCAAAGAUACAUGUGCAACAGUCUCUUGUGCAGAUAAACAGCAACUGCAUGAAGUCAAUGCUUAUGAAGCUAAAGAUGAUGUUACCUCUGAUGCUAGUGAACAAAGGAGGGAUUCAGACAGUAAGAAAGAUGAAUACAAAUGGAGGCUAUCACAGCUACUCGGCUCUGAACAGACAAUGGGUGAGGAAUACCAGAGUGACGCCAACUCUGCAGAGAGUGUGUGCACAGAGGACUUUGCAGUCAAGUUCAAACAAAGGAUGGUGGAACCAAUGGCAAGUUCAGAGGCUCAUGAAAAUGCACAGUACGGCACUGGGGAAACUAUGGUAGAUUAUUCUGAAAGUCGAUCACUGUUACUUCCAGUGUCUGAUGACAGCCCUGUUGACCAUCUGAACACAGCAAGGAGAGAAGACAUUCUUCAACAGUUCAAAGAGGAGUUGGAAGAUGACUUGCAAGCUGCUCUUACCAAAAAUGUGGAGGAUCAAGCUUCAGGCAGAUACAGGGAGAGAAAAGAUAGCGUGGAGUCUUUAGGUGGGCAGAUUUCAAGACUAAGCCAAGCAAACCAUUCUCAGCUUUCAAGCCUCCCAAGUUUGGAGAGAAGUUCUGUGGUAAGCCAUUUGUCGUCCAUAGGUAGUAAAGAGCACCAGCCAGUGCUUCUUACUGGGAACUCCGCUGUAAGAGAAAACAUGAGCAAGACUGAACUUCCACAGUCACUCAGCGACUAUCAGGCUGUCAGGGAGCUGAUUCCAUAUUUGUAUGAAGAGCAAAGGCUUCCUGCAGAUGUUGAGCAAAGUGAUUGUAAAACGAGAAAUCUUAUAAUGAAUACUACUGACACAGAAAGUGCGGGUUGUCCUACAGACACACUGGAUGCAAGCGGGAUCAAUAGAUCUGAAGGAAAUCCCUUAAUUCCCACAAAAGAAGUUGCCAGAAGUACCCAUACAGUGUCUGACUCCAGUUUGCCAAGUGGUAUGGACAAGAAGGACGAUGCUGGAGGAACUCCAUUACCUAGAAAAAACAACCAAGUGGAAGAUCUGAUCCCUGUGGACUCCUCAUUGACAGAAGACAACAAAAGUUCUUGUCUAUACAAACAUGUGGCUGGUGUUCCUUUGAAGAGCUUUGAUGCCGUGACUGUUGACAGUGAUUUGGACUCUGUGACAACAGAAAAAGUCAGGGAUCACAUCCGUAAAGCUCUGAACAACAGCAAAGGAGACUCCAGUCACAAAACCAGAAGAUUUACGCGCAGUAGGAGUAGCUCUGGACGAUACCCUGACUUUAGUAAAGUAUCCACAGAUGAUGAAGAAGACUUUGCUAGACCACUUAUAAAUAGAGAACUAAAGGAUGAAAGUUUUAAGCGAUGGGUCUCCAGCCCUAUUAAAUCAGCAGAGGCCCCCAAAAAUAGCUAUGCAAAGGGCGUUCCCCUUGACAUUUUGUGCUCCCCAGGGCAAGCACAGUGCAGAAGACUCACAGAGAAACUCGCAGGUGAACAGGUGUUACUUGAGGAAACGCUUGCAAAACUCCGUAGGGAUGUAGUAUGUGAAGAAGACAGAUUGUCACAAAGGAGAUCCCAGUACAGGGAAGCAGAACAGCUGUUUAAUGAUAUCCUGCAGCAGAAAAAGGAAGCUUAUCAUGAGCUGCAGUCCCUACGUGAUUUACUAGAGGGUACUCAAAAAGAAGUUGUGAAGAUGGAGUCACGCAUGAGGGAGAGCCAGAUCACAGAGGAGGACUUCAGGCGUGAACUAGUGAUCCUGGAGUACAAACGCAGCGAGUACAUGAAGGAACUGCAGGAACUUGAGCUGGAACUGGAAUCUAUACGACAGCAAUGCUCCAGUACUCACAGCAGCCAAGUGGCCAGCUUCCAGUACGAGAUCUCUUCUUUGAAAACAGAAAGAGACGAGUUAAAGGCGCGUCUGCGGCAACUUGAGGGAAGCCUGACAUUUAUGGAAAGGCAGGAACUAGAACGUCAACUGAAUAAUGCAAAGUCUGAACUGUUCUCUGAGCAGCGAACAUCCAGAGCAAAGAUAGAGAAGUUGCAUGAGAGUUUGGAGGAGUGUCAGAGUAAACUGGAAAAAUCUAGGACAGAUUGUGAUGAGAAACAGGAAAAGAACCGGCAGCUUAAGUCUCAGCUGCGAGAGCUUGAAAAGACGUAUGAGACCCAAAUCCAGACUCAGGCAGAAGAAGCUAGUGAACAAAAUGACAUGUCCAACCAAAAGAUUACUGAUCUGACCACCCAGGUUAGGGAGCAGGGCACUAGGAUUGCUUCCCUUGAGAAGAUCCUGUCUGAGAAAGAGUUGGACUUGCUGAAGUUGAGAGAGGUUAUAUCCUCAAUAAAUGCUGAAAAGGAAGCCCAGAUGCUGGCAGCAGAGGUUCUGAAAGAAGAACACAAUAAACGAUUGACUGAACUGCAAGUCCAGCAUCAACAAGAUAAGGAUCUCCAUAUCUCAAAACUAAAGGAAGAAAUGCAGAUCCAAAAACAAAAGGAAAUCCAACAGUUUGCAGAAAAUAUGGAACAAGUAAAAGCAAAAGCUCUACUGGAUCAAGCAGAAUCUCUAAAAAAAGAAAUGGAUAAAGUAGUGAAAUCAAUAGAGAUUAAAGAUAAAGAUAUUGAAAAAUGGAGGGAGGCUCUGAAGUUGCAGAAGGAAUCAAUGAAGAAACUGGCUGCAGAUCUUAAACAAGAAGCAAGGGAAAUGGUGCACAAUACAUUGGUAAGAGAGCAGAAAAAGUGGGAAAGUGAAAAAAGGGAAGCCCUUCAAAUACAAAGGCACACGUUGGAGGAAGAGAAAUUUCAAGAAAUGGCAGAUCUACGAGAAGCAUUGGAAAGAGAGCGCAGGACAUCUAUGACAUUGGAAAAGAAAUGUGCCGACUUCCAAAAUAUAAUUCAGGAGCAUGAAAUUCACCAGCGUUCUCUACAGCGUGAGAAGCAAGAAGCUUUAGAUGAACAACGUGCUAUCCUAAAAGAAGAAAAGCAAGAGGAGAUGAGGAGACUCGAGCAAGAACUUGAACAAGAAAAAGAGCGGGACAUUGAGCGUCUGAAGCAGCGGCUGCAGCAAAUGGAAGAGGAGCAGCAUGAGCUAAGGGCUGAAAAGAAUGAAUCAAUUUUCAGAGAGCGAGAGGCAAUGGCCCAGGCAGAGCGAGCAGAAAGGGCCCUUGCCAGGGAGAUCAAUGCAGCUUGUGAACGCAUGCAGUGCAUUCCCGGGAGGUCUAAAGUACAAAGUCCAUCACGAAGCAGCCAUGGGAGUCCUACUCGCCCUUCAGCUAACCAAGCAUUGAAAGUGUUGCAUGAAGUAAGUGAAGAGACCAACCAGUUCAUUCAUAAGUUACAACAAGAUGUAGAAGCUCAAAAGCGCACUUCACUGCAUCUACAAAGAGAGAAGGAACGGGAAUUUCAGCAAUUAAGAGAACAGUUGCAGCUAGAGAAAGAAAAAGCUCUGGAAAUGUUAAAAGAGAGACUCAUACAGGAACACAUAGAGGAAAUCACUAACCUGCAGCAAGACCAGUUGAGAGAGUCUAAUGGAGGAGAGAAGCAGUCUCUUCGGCAGCAGCUCAGAGAGAAGGACAAUGAGCUCAGAGCCAUCCAGAGAAACAUGGCCAAAUGGAAAGAUGAGACUGCCACGAAACUUGCUCAAAAAUUUGAAGAGGAACUUAAUGCAGAGCUUGAAAAAUGCAAGGUGGAUUUUCUGAGAGAAAGAAGUUUGUCCAGGAGUAAGGCCUCAGACAGUCACAGGAGCUCAGAGAGGAUUGGAUCAGCUGUGCGGAGAUUGUCAUUGGAAAGAAAAGACAAUUCCCAUCUGCGGUCAGCCUCCAGCCCAUCACUCAAUGGUGCUGUGUCACAGCAUGAUUUCAGUGCACUGAAGAUUUUGCGCAAUUUGCAAGGGAGAGUGAAAGAACUGCGGGCAGACAACGGAGGAUACCAUGGCAGGAGCAUGGAGGAUUUAAGUUUACUAGGAGGCUCAUACCGAGAGAAAAGGCCUAUUAUAAUGGAGCGAUCCAUGUCACAGGUCCAAGGAUAUAUGAGGAAAUAAAUCUUGUGGGAUUCUAGACCAUGAGAGAGAGAGAGAUGACAUCAAGAUUAAAACCCACAGCUACGAGCAUCUGUUCACAUUGGUACACUGUGCUACCACAGCGAUCAACCAAGAGUAUUUUUUUCUAUACUAAUUUCAGCUAAUCUUCACUAAUUUACUAUGUACUCUAACUAGUGUUAGGCUAGAUUUCCACUAAUUUCUUUUUUGCAAAAACGCCAAUAAAAACGCCCAUUCAGCCGCAUGAUUUUUUUUUUCUUUAAACGCUGUGGCCAGAUGUUAGCUGCAAGUCAAUAGGGAAUUGCAAAAUGCCACAUCCACUUGGUGUUUUACAGUUUGGCAUUUUUUUUUAUCUUUUUGUCGUUUUUCAGCUAUUUUUGGCUCCUUGGCAGUUUUUCAAAAACCACCUCUUGUUGAGACUUUGGAGUUUUUUCGGGAAAAUCUUGGCGUUUUCCUCCCAUAGAAGCCUAUGGGUGUGAAAAAGCGCCAAGAAUAUUUGCUGGUGGUUUUUAUUCUUUUUUUUGGACUUAAGCGAUCCAAAAAAGGGAUGGAGAUACAUUAUUUUAUUAAAAUUUCAUAGGGUACCAUUAAAUGAAAAGAUACAGUAGGGGUGGAAAAAAUUGUAUUUAACAAAAUUAAUAUUUUUUAUAACAAAAUUUUUAUUUUUAAACAAGGAUCAAUUUAUGUGGGCGGGCAGGGAAAUAAUGUAGCUGACAAUAAUAAAAAUGUAGUAAGGGGCCACUUAAAUGUAAAAUUAUAUAUUUUUAAUUAAUUUUGUUAAACUUUUUAUUAGUAAUGUAUUUUAAUAAUGUGUUUAAUAAAGUGUGUGUGUGUUUUUAACUUUUUAAACUUUUUUUUUCUUUGUUUCUUUAAAAUUUUUUAGGUAGUACUACUCCCAGCAUGGAACAGACUGUUCCAUGCUGGGAGUAGUAGUACCUGUACUAAUAGACAGAUCGCCCGGGUGACUUCUGACACCCAUUGCGAUCCUCCUAUACAAUGUAUAGAAGCCGGCGGCACGGCCGCUUCUCCUCUAUCCUGCAUUAUGUUCUGCAAUGUGAAUUUCUUCACAUCACAGAUUCAUAUUUCCCACGGAGAACUGUGAUUGGCCAGAUGGUUCCAGCCAAUCACAACUCUCUACGGGAAAUAUGAAUAAUAGGUAUAUACACGGCAUAUACUACAGACCAUACUAUGGUGGUAGCAGAAAAGAGUACAACAGGUUUCAGAAGUGACACCCGCUGCGAUCUGUUGAUUAAUGCAGGUACUACAGCUCC